CUCUUUCCCUUGUCCCUCCCCCCUAGAGCCAGUAUCUGUCCUUGGUUGUGUCGCGGGCGCGCGUUAUAAAGCUGACAGCUCCCCCACUUUCUUCAGAUCGGAGGACUCCGACCUGCUGUGCGUGCCAAGCCGUCUGACAGUCGGGACUCUUCCACGCCACGCUCACUGCGUUGACCCCGCCGCUCUUUCUACCUGGAUUAACUGGCCAAUAGCCGCCGCCUGUCGCCCCGCUGUCCCUCUACUUCCAUCGGGGCCCAUAGCAGCAGCGUCUUCACCGGCUCCUCCGUUCUGUCCCCCGCCCCAAGUCUCCAACUCUCACCUUUGUUCCGCAGUCAUGGGGUGCGUCGUGUCCGUUUCGCCCGGGCUGCUGAGGGGCUCCCCCAUGCUGUGAGCCGGAUACCGGGUGGAUUUAUGGUCCGUAGACCCGCAGCUACCAACCGAGGGACGUUAGUGGAACUUUGAACUCCGAGAGGAUGCGGGUGACGUGCUGGUGCGCCGUGCUCCUCCUGCCGCCUGCACUUUUCCUGGUGGAUGGAUUAGCAUCAGCGGGUGGAUCGUCUGCAGGGAGUGGACCAACUGCAGGAGGUGGACGAUCCGGAUCAUAUGAAGUGGAUGGACCAUUUGGAUCAUCUGAAGUGGAUGGACCAGUAGAUGCAGACUGCAGCUCAGUAUUUGGCCUGUCUGACACCUAGGAAGGUUACAAAUGCCCACGCCUCAAAGUCGGACAUUGUCAAGUCAGGAAGCCCCAAAUCCACACUCAAGCAUAUAUGGACAGGAAGCAGUAAGGAUAUGUCCAUCAGUAGGCUGCUGUCACAGACUCUACAUGGUAAGGAGAACAGCACAGCCUUGGACCUCCGCUAUGAUACUCCAGAGCCCUACUCUGAGCAGGACCUGUGGGACUGGCUGAGGAACACUACGGACUUGCAGGACUCGCGGCCUCGGGCUAAACGACGGCCAAUGGUUAAGACGGGGAAGUUCAAGAAGAUGUUCGGCUGGGGGGACUUCCACUCUAACAUCAAAACCGUCAAACUCAACCUGCUCAUCACUGGUAAGAUUGUGGAUCAUGGCAAUGGCACCUUCAGUGUCUACUUCCGCCAUAACUCCACAGGCCAGGGCAACGUGUCCGUCAGCCUGGUACCUCCCACCAAAAUAGUGGAGUUUGACGUGGCUGCACAGCAGUCUGUCAUCGAUGCAAAGGACUCAAAGUCCUUCAACUGCCGCAUAGAGUACGAGAAGGUGGAGAAGGGUGCCAAAAACACACUCUGCAACUUCGACCCAUCCAAGACCUGCUACCAGGAGCAGACCCAGAGCCACGUCUCCUGGCUCUGCUCCAAACCUUUCAAAGUCAUCUGCAUCUUUAUUUCCUUCUACAGCACCGACUACAAACUGGUGCAGAAAGUUUGCCCAGACUAUAACUACCACAGUGACACUCCCUACUUCCCCUCCGGCUGAUGUUCAUAUAAUGUUGGCUCAUAUACUGAAAACUGGACAAGUGUAGCACAGACUGGGACGUCUACCCAUCCCAGAGAAAUGUGUAUGUUAGCCUUACUGUCCCUAACCAUUUCCAUAUCACAGAGUCAGCUAUCCUAACUACUUCGACAACUUCAAUGUUCAGAAUUUUGCAGAGUUCAUUCACUUUUAAGUGAAAAGGUGGUAUAUAAGACUGUCAAGUGCUUAAAAUGACCCCAAAAACUGAUUACAAUCAUAAUUAGCAGUUAGAAUUUUGUUCCUGAGUUAUGUUCUGUCACUGUUGUGUAAAAAAACAGCAUUUUUGUAUCAUUUUGGGAUAACUUUUGAACUCUGCCGUUGUUUGCAUUAUUUUAACAACACACUUCUUUUCAAACUAACUAACUUGGUUUUCCUCUUUUAGUAUAUAAGCCCGGACAACACAAUAUAAACUGUUCACUCCUGCUGUGCUAUUUACGCUCUGCAGUUUAUCCUUUAUAACUGGAAAACAAAAUGAAUUUCCUCAUCUAAGAAGAAUAAAAAAAAACUCCUUUUUAUUAAACCUGCAAGGUGGCUGACAGGAGGAAUUUGAUGGGCGUCUCAUGCUUGUGGCGAUAUAAGGUGGUCUUACCUUUCUAGGGGUGAGCUAGAUCUGACCAGGCUUCCUUCUCAGGUUUGGAGAGAAAAUUAUUUAAUGUGCUCAGUCACUGUCACACUCUCAAUCUUCAGCUGAUUCCAGUGUUCCUGAUCGUAUAGCUUGUUGUUUGUUGUUUGAUUGGCUCAUUCUCAGCUGAUUGAAUAUCUGGUUACCUGGUUUGAUUGAUCUGCAGGUCGUUUGUGGGGGAGGGGGCUUUCUCAUUGUCACUUAAUAUAUAAAAUGUAAUGUUAUGAAUUCUCUAUCUUAGAGCCUAAUUUGUAUGGUUUGUAUUGUACAUAGAAUAUUGCCCUGCUUCUGUACAUACCCCCCAUGAGCUGUGUGUUCACUCCUUACAUGCUAAGUCCUCUUGUUCACUCCAUUUAUGCUCGUUCUUGGUUCCUCUAACAAAGAAAAUGAUGUUGCUGCCCUAGUUGUGAGUUCCUUGAAAUCAGCAAUCAUGUACAGAAGCUGUAAACUUACUAAAUAUAUUAAAAGUAUUAAAUUACAUUUUAUUUGUUUUGGGUGGGGUUGUAAGUUGGGGAGGUUUGGCGAUAUGGUACAUAUGAAUUAAAGAACAAUUUUAUCAAUUGAA